AAGACUUCUACAGAAGAACCUUUCAUAGAAUUGAACAAGGUGGAUCGAAGGCAUGGAAAGAGGCCUCUCCCUUCUGAUCAUGCAUCAAGGGAGAAUAGGGAAGGUUUCAACUUCCCUAGCCAACAAGGGGAGGAAGAACCUUCUUCAUUCCCCUUUGUUCAACAUCCAAUCAAUACUGCAGAUGAUAGCACCCCUUCUACAUAUGGCCAAAUACCCACUUCUACCUUGAUUGAGACACAGGACCCAUCUCAGCACCCUUUAAAUCAAGGGAGAAAAAGACACUAUCGUGGAGUUCGGCAGAGACCGUGGGGGAAAUGGGCUGCCGAAAUCCGCGACCCUAAAAAGGCUGCUAGAGUGUGGCUUGGCACGUUUGACACGGCAGAGGCUGCAGCUGCUGCUUAUGAUGCUGCUGCUUUGAAGUUCAAAGGAUCCAAAGCAAAGCUCAAUUUCCCUGAACACCUUCUUCUUGCUUCAAUACCACCUUCUUCACCUUCAUCUUCACCUUCACCUCAAACUAUUAACACCAAUAACAGUUAUUAUGCUUCUUUUUCUUCACCUCUUGCACCUCAUGCACCAACACCAUCACCACCACCACCACUUUAUCAACCACAACCCUUACCAUCACAGGAAGAAGCGUUUCCAAACCUAAUGCAGUACGCACAGCUUCUUUGGAGUAGGGACGAUGAUGAUCUACAACGUGUUGCUUCAGGCCUUCACCAUGACUCUUUCUACGAUUCCAGUUCUUCAACUUUGUUCUCUUCCUCCUCCACUUCUUCUGUUGUGACUGAAUCUGAUCAACGGAUUGGAGGUGACACCAGUGGCUUCAAGGAUUCUUGCUUUUCUAGAGGGAGUGAUUUUCAUGCCAAGAAUUGAACACAAUGCUGUGCUGUGUGUUCAAAACCUAGCUGCUUUUUCUGUCUAUUGGUUUCAUAAUUCAAAUAAUGGUUCUUUUACUUCAGGUAAA